CAGUUGGUAUGACACUGUAAAUGAUACCAUUUAAAUUUGAAAUAAAAGUCAGUUUUCAUUUCACAGCGAUCAGCUGACUGCUGUCUGGAGCAUUGUUCGCCGACGCGUUUUUGGGUAGUCCUUUGUAUUGCUUAAAGAAAAUGUGCGGGAAAGUGAAACUGAGCUGGUUUACUCUUAGCACCGCUGGAGAAUGCUAGUCGGUGUUAGCCUGAUAGCCCUGGACUCGUACAGUCGUAAUAGUGACUGGGAAGCAGCCGGAGGAGACUGUUUUCUAGACGGCCGGCUGGAUGGACCUGCCCUGUCUCGCAUGUAAACACCGGGAAUAAGAGCGCUGAAGGAUACAGCUCCGCAAAGAGGGCGGCUAGUUUUCAUUCAAGGAGGAGCUGCUGCAACUGUAUGAGCUCCUGACACGUUUAUGAUGUGUCUAAUCCACUGAAAGGUCAUGAGAGUCUACCUCGCCUGCGUCCACUGACGCUUCACGUCUCGACCUUUUCAACGGACUGCUCCUGUCGCCUCUCCCUUGGCCAGCGAUGCAGCCAUGAGCUCAGCGCUGUGGAGCCAGGAGAAGCCGGCGGGCGGCUUCCGCGAUGACUGGCGCUUCUACAUGGUGGUUAAGGAAUGUGUGGUGGAGAAGCCACCUCAGAAGACCCUGCGCAUCCCACGCGGCAGCCUGGGCCAGGCGUGUCAGGAGCGCAACAGCCUGGGUCGUCCGUUGCCGCCCAGCAAGGGCAAGCGCAGUCUGCGUAUCCUGGAUCAGACCAACGUGGUGGUGAGUGUGGAUGAGCGCGAUGUGCUGGAGCUGGACGAGAAGCUGGCUGAGCUGCUGUUCCCAAUCACCAAUUGCGAGGAACGCUAUGGCCUGCUGUGCAACAAGCCCCGCCUGGACAGAGCCCGUGAGAUUGACUGUGGCUCCAAAGUUCGUGUGCAGCUGCGCUCUGGUGAUGAGCCUUUACCAGGUGUCGUCAGGUUCAAAGGGGCUCUGCUGCCUGAUCGAGCGCUGUCUGGCAUAUGGUUCGGAGUGGAGCUGCUGGAGGAAGGUCGUGGUCAGGGUUUCACAGAGGGUUCGUAUCAAGGCCAGCAGCUCUUUCGAUGUGAGGAUGAGUGUGGAGUCUUUGUCGCGCUCGAUAAACUUGAGCUGUGGGAGGAUGAGGAGCUGGAGGUGGAUCAUGUGACCCUAGUGGAUAACGACCUGGAAGGGGAAGGAGAUUUCCCACCACUGGAGAUCAACUCACGUGUGCUGGUUCAGACCCGGGAAGGUCCCGAACGAGGGACUGUCAUCUUCUGUGACCUGUUGCCUGGCAACGAGACACUGGGCUAUUAUGUCGGUGUUGAUAUGGACAAUCCUAUUGGAGACUGGGACGGCGUGAUCGAUGGGAAGCUGCUGUGUAAUUUCGCCAGUCUUGAGCACACCCGUCUCGUACCCAUCUGUGACGUCAUGCCAGAGUACUCCAUGCAGGACCCGAGGCUGUCCAAACCCAGCUUUACUUCAAGAGGGAGUGCUGAUAAGUCUGGCAGCCAGGUCAAACCAAAGAACAAAGGGUUAGGUCUACAGGCUGCCAGCAGAAGCAAGUCUGAGUUUUAUUAUACGCUAAAUGGUAGCUCUGUCGAUCAUCCAGCCCAGUCCAAAUCCAAAAGCACAUGGUACAUAGAUGAAGUCGGUGAAGACCCGGCCAAGUCCCUGACGGAAACGCCCCCCGACUUCAACCAGGCUUCGCCCCCUCCCAGAGCUCCAUCAACUGCAACCUCACUGUCCAGCGACAACAAGUUCCACUCGUUGCCUUUUAGUCUGAAUCGCAAGAGUGGGCCCAAUGGGAGCAUGAGCCACGGUCCGCUCUCCCUCUCCGUCCAAUCGGUGAUGGGAGAGCAGCAGGAGGCCCCGCCUCCUGUGACAGCCCCUUCCCCGAGACCAGCGUCUCCCCCAAAGGAUCAGCCAGGGUUAGAGGUCGGUUCACUUGUAGAGGUGAAGGAGAAUCCACCUCUUUGUGGGGUGAUACGCUGGGUCGGUCUGCCGCCUGGACUACUGGAGCCUCUAGCAGGGCUGGAGUUGGAAGAAGAAUGUGUAGGAUGCACUGAUGGUACAUUUAAAGGCACACGUUACUUUACCUGUCCUCCGAAGAAAGCUCUGUUCGUCAAACUGAAAUGCUGCAGACCCGAUUCUCGCUUCCCUUCGCAACAUCACUCGCCCAACCCAAUUGAGCGCUGCAAUUCUAUAGCGUUCGGGGGUUACCUGAGUGAGGUGGUGAACGAAAACACCCCCCCUCGAACUGAGAAUGAUGGGUUGGAGGUGAUGGUGGGGAAGAAGAAAGGCAUUCAAGGCCACUACAACUCCUGCUACCUGGACUCAACACUGUUCUGCCUGUUCUCAUUUAGCUCUGUGUUGGAUACAGUAUUACUGAGGCCAAAAUCUAAGACUGAUGUAGAAUACUACUUAGAGACACAGGAACUCCUACGCACUGAGAUAGUCAACCCACUGCGCAUACACGGCUACGUGUGUGCAACUAAGAUCAUGAAGUUACGGAGAAUUCUAGAAAAGGUGGAGGCAGCGUCAGGCUUCACCUCUGAGGAGAAAGAUCCUGAAGAAUUCCUCAACAUUCUUUUUCAUCACAUUCUGAGGGUCGAUCCACUGCUCAAAUUACGCUCUGCAGGACAGAAGGUUCAGGACUGUUACUUCUACCAAAUCUUCAUGGACAAAAAGGACAAAGUGCUUGUGCCUACUAGCCAGCAAUUGCUGGAGUGGUCCUUCAUCAACAGUGACCUCAAAUUUGCUGAGGCUCCGUCCUGUCUGAUCAUUCAGAUGCCUCGGUUUGGGAAGGAUUUUAAAAUGUUUAAUAAGAUUUUUCCAUCCCUGGAGCUGGACAUAACAGAUCUUCUGGAAGACACACCCAGAGAAUGUCGUAUCUGUGGGGGUUUAGCUCUUUAUGAGUGCAGGGAGUGUUAUGAAGAUGCUGACAUCACAGCUGGGAAGAUUAAGCAGUUCUGUGAAAAGUGCAAUACGCAGGUGCAUCUGCACCCGCGGCGCAAGAACCAUCGGUACGGUAAGCUAUCAGUGCCUAAAGAGCUGCAGGAGGGGGUCUGGCGGCAAGGUUCCUUCCCCCACCAGCAGAUGGAACUGUUCGCUGUGCUCUGCAUCGAGACCAGCCACUACGUCGCCUUUGUCAAAUACGGCGCAGCCGACUCUGCCUGGCUCUUCUUCGACAGCAUGGCCGACCGAGACGGUGGACAGAAUGGUUUUAAUAUCCCGCAAGUGUCCCCGUGUCCUGAAGUGGGGGCAUACCUGAAGAUGACUCCAGAGGAGCUUCACGCCCUGGACCCCAAAAACAUCCAGGGCUAUGCCCGCCGCUUGCUCUGUGACGCUUACAUGUGCAUGUACCAGAGCCCCACCAUGAGCCUCUACAAAUAGAUGGAGAGAAUGGACAGAAGGUUUGGGAAUGAAGCCAAAUAGGAAUGGAGAUGUACAGAAGGGGAGAGAGAAUUGGAAGGAGAGAGAGAGACGGAGAUAAAGACAAUAAAAUGCUGACAGGUGAAGAGAAUAAAUGAUGUGAGCACACUGCACAACAUGCCUGCUCUCUCGUGACAUUGCAAAGAACCAACACUCCCUAACCUGUUGUAUCAUUUAUGCCUGAUUCUCUCUGUAUAUAGUCAAAGAGUAUGAACAGGGCAAGGGGAACGGAAAAAAGCUGAUUUGCACUGUUUUUGUGUGUGCGUGUUCUGUAUAUGUAUGUAUGCGUGUGUGUUCGAGUGCUGUUGUUUCUGUCCUCUGUGUCGUAGGCCGUGGACAAACACCAACCCUCCAAAAAAUCCAUGGUGACUCGGUUUUAACACCCCAGUAUAUGACAAAGAAACUGCUGUAAUAAGUACUCAUUUGAAACGCACCUGUAACAGGUGAUCUAUAGCACAUCUAUACCAGCCACUCAGUGUGCAAGGGACACGACUCCUCCCUGCUAUCCUGCUGAAUGGAUGGACAUGUCUCUCUCUCUCUCCCUGUAUAAAUGGAACAGGGCUCAACCAAGAGUCCUCAUCCUUAAACCUUUGUACCUAUAAACCCAUCUAUAAACGCAAAUGCACGGCAGAUCUGUCGACUUGUAGUUUAUGAUACCUGGUGUCUCUGCUACUGGUUUCAGCCUCCAUAUUUAGCUGUGAUGUCCUUGUCCUGUGUACCAACCUACAGCACAGUAUCGGUGUAUGAAAGCUUGAAGGAGACACUUGGCUUGACGUGCCUAUUGAAUGGAACUGAGAUACUGUCAUAAAGCACACAAGUAUUUUUGAAUACAGUUUGGUAACCGUUGGUGAUUUUUCAGCCUGGAGUAUUGAAUGCUUUCCCCUUUGAGCUCGGCCUGUAAGAGAGGAAUUUAAAACAGGUAUAAUUGGCGUUACCUGCUUCUGAUAUAGGUAUAUAUGCAUAUAAUGUGCUCUAAAUUCAUGCUUAUUUUAAUACCAGCGCAAUUAUUGCUCUUUAAGUAUAUCAAUAUAUGUGAGGGUGAAUGCACCACCAAACCAUGCUUUGGGGUCCCUCAGGAGAAUAACAAUUUCAUCUCAUUUCAUAAAUCAGUCCUGGGUCAUAAGAUUCAGCGAGAAAAUGCAAAUGUUUUUGAAAGUCUUUCCAUCCACACAUCAAAAGGCUGUAUAAUUUCUUGCAAAUAACAGUGUAGACAUCAGCGGCUUCACUCUGGUGCAGUACUGCAGUGAAAAGUCAAUGUUAUUUUUUCUACUAAGGAAAAAUGAAUUGGAUUGGUGACAUGUAUCUUGUAAAAAUCAGCACUGUAUAACAUACACAUGCCAUCAUUAAUGAGCCUCAAUUUUAAGGCAACUUUAUUAGUUUUUUUUUGGCAGUAAUUUUUGCAUAAGCCACACCCCCCCACCCUCAGUGUCUUACAUUCAGCAGAUAAACAAUAGUUGUACAUAAAAUUGUGUAAAACAUUUGUGUACAACUGUGGCUUUACACUCGAUAAAGCAAGACUAACUGUGCUGUCUCAGGCUGUGUUUGUUACCAGCAUAAAGUGACAAAUCACAUUUUUAUUUUUUGCCUUUGGUGGUGGAUGUUUGGAUGUUUUUAGAGCUGUGGGGGCACAAAUCUGUGACCAGAUUAGAAUUCAUUUUUGUUUUUUGUUUUUUUGUUUUUUUUUUUGUUUUUUUUUUCCCCUCCCCAAAAAGAUGCACUGUCAUUGUGUUAACAUGGCAGCUUAACUUGAAGUUAACACCCAUAAUCUCCGCAAAAGCAAUGCGUCUGAUCUUUUAUUCUCACACAGGCUUGUUCUGCUAGUUUGAUUAUAUGUUGUUGGUCAUGAUGUACAUGGCGUAUUCAUAUGACAUGAGUUGGAAGUGCACAUGCAGGUCAUUACAAGGCACAGGUUCGUUCAAUUUAAUGAAAUGUGAGUCAGUUUCUCAUGCUAAUGUGAACCUUCAAGUUGGAAAGAUCAGAUCUAAAAAGUUGAACGUAGCCUUGGACUGCCGCAACUGCCAGGGUUCAGUUGCUGUCUCCUGAAAAUAAGGCAAAAUUACCACAUGGAGCCCCUUCAAAACCCUUAUUUUAACCAAACAUGCAGUUGGUCAUAUCGCCCAGUCCUAAAUAUUCAAACAUUUUGUGGGUUUUGGAGUGUUGAUCUAUGAUCAGUUUUUGUCUUUUAUACUUAAAUGAAUUUUUUCCAGACUGGUCAGCUUCCUCACAUCCAUAUGAUCAUAUUCAUUGUGUUAAACAGGAUAAAUACUUCACCCAGGAUCAACACUCCAAAUGUUUCCAGAAAGGUUUUCAGCUCAUUCCUGGAUUCAGCAUCACAUGAUCAUCACUGAAGUAGUAAAGCUAUCUAGUCAUGGCAUAACCUGUGAAGGUAUUGACACAAACUUGUGUAAUGGCCACAUAGACCAGGCAUUGCUCAUUACUGCACAGCUGAAGCUGGUGAACUGUACAGGCUGGUGAUGGAGCUUUCAUGUUCAGGGAGAAUGGGCUGUAACUGGUGUACCUGUUUAAAUCGAUCCCUGGUUAAGUUUCUUCUGUUUGUGCUGUUCUUGUAAAUGUUAACUAAAUUAAAACCCUCUUUUGAAAAGAA